CUAGAUAACCUUAAAAGCCGUUUAACGGCAACAACCGGCCGCUUAAAUUUUUAUUUCCCCAUCUGUGCUAUCUUCGCAGACAUUAAAUAUUUACUAGUCCUGAAUUUCAAUUAGCUAAACAAAUCGAUCGAUUGACAGAAGAGUUUAUGGCCACGGAGACCAAGGGUAGUGUGGGGAAGGUGAAGUCCAGCAACCAAGAUGGUUCUUCCAAGGCAAAGGUUGAUGUCAGCAAGAAGAAAAUUGAUAGCUCAGGCAAACAGAAAACGCCUGAUUCAAAGCAAAAUAGAUCAGUCUCUAUUGCCACAAAAACAGAGAUAAAAUCGAAACCGAGUUCAAGUUCCUCAAAGACCACUGUUACAACAACCACUAAAGUAAGAGAAAAGAAAGUGUUCACAUUGCCUGGACAAAAAUAUGAUCCUCCUGAAGAGAGAGAGCCAUUACGGAUAUUCUAUGAAUCAUUGUCAAAACAGAUACCAUCAAGUGAAAUGGCGGAAUUUUGGAUGAUGGAACAUGGCCUGUUGUCCCCUGAGAGAGCCAAAAAGGCAUAUGAGAAGAAGCAGAGAAAACAAAAGCAACAGCGGAUGGGAACUCCAGUUAAACCUUCAAAACCACUCAUCAGUAGUAAACCUGAGAGUUCACAGAAGCAGCAACAGGCAUCCAAAAAUGGAGAUGUUAAAGCCAAAAAACGAUUAAAGGAUGAUAGUGACGACGAUGACUUCAUUUUAAGUCCCAAAAGAAGAAAGGGUUAACAAAGAAAUGUCCCCUCUCUUCUUGUCAUUUGUAUUUCUGACAUUUAACUGCAAAAAAAUGCAGGAGUUGUGAAACAGUCAAAAUGAUAAAGCAUGACAUUCUUCAUAUUGUUAGUUUAAUGGUGUCAAUGAGCAGAAACAACUUUCUGAAUUUAUGUUAUUUCUUGUUUAUCUACCCUGUGAUAUGAGAAUCUUCUUUCUACA